AUGGUGAAACCUAUGGAAAGAGCGGGUUGCUUGGAACUUCGCACCGCUGGUUACAUUAUUGGCUGGCUAGGUGUGGCUGGUAGCGUUUUGUGUUUACUCCUAGGACUCGUUGGUUUGGGAAAUCCAAGAAUAUUCACCGGGGCUGUCGAAUCGUCCAAAUACAGCGAGGAUUAUGAAGCUGUGGCUGCCAUAUAUUCCAUUAUCUUCAUUGUGUCGGCCUUCGUAGGUUUCGCUAUAUAUGGGUUGGUCAUCUACGGUAUAAAGGAGAACCGGCAUGCGAUGUUAAUACCCUACUUGAUAUUGAGUGGAAUUAGCGUUGCACUGAGCUUUUUAGGAGUAAUGAUGUCCGCGUUGAACUUGGUUUCAGGAACACAUGACGUUAUUGGCUUCGUUUUCUCAGUUUUUUCUUGCAUGUUUCAGCUCUUCAUUUUCCGCGUGAUGUACUCCCUGUACACAACAAUUAAAAUGAACAUCUUAAACGGUCGCGUAUUGGUUCCGCCUUCAGCAGCAGCCGUACCAUUGCAACAAACCGUUCCCACCGCAUAUCCCCCCAACGCCGCAUAUCCCUCCAACACCGCAUAUCCCUCCAACGCCGCAUAUCCUCCCAACGCAUAUCCAACUACCUACCCCACCUAUAAUAAGGUAUAAGUUCGGGAAACCUCGUCUUUGUUACAUGUAUCGCCACUUAUGGAAGCUUACUCAUCGUGAUUCCCAUCACCUUAAAAGGACACCAAAUAAGAGAAUAUUAAAUAUUGACGAAUAUUUACACUGCGAAUAUUUUUUUUAAUAACACGUUGCUUUUAAGCCAUAUGUGCAUUUAUUGAACACUGUUUAGUAUUUAAAAACCUUAAAGCCGAAGACCAACAAAAAUAUUUAACUUAUUCACUGCAUACUAACUAUAUUGUCGUUUAUUGCAUUCAAAUAAUUAAUUAACAACACCAUUGUUUAUACGUAUAGCACAAUAUUUAAUUAUGGCCUCAUGUACACACAUUUGAAAUUUAUUAAAGAGAUUAGAAAUAUUCUAUCGCUGUUGAACACAUAUGUAUAUGCACUUAUCUUCCGUGGUUUUAUUCAUGUUGCAUCUAAGUGAAUAAAAAAAUAUUCACAUGAAGAAAUCUCAUUAGUUUCCCCACUAUGAAGAAAUGUUAUAAACUCGAAUAUACAUGUAUUUCAAUAACAAAAUAAAAGAAUUUAUUUCUGGAGUCUCAAAAA